CUCCACCUGUCUGCCUGCUACUUCUGCCAGACGCGGCUUUCUUUCCGCGCCGCUUCUUAACACUCCAGUCCUCUCCUCACCCUACGUCUUUGCUCCAUUAGUCUCCCACAUCCGCUCGCCACGCCGUCUGUCCAUGCUGCGCGCUUUGAGUUGCCUAAAGCAAUGCGUUCUUCUAUCAUUCGUAAGCGCUUGCAAUAAAACGUUCUCAUCUGAGCGUAACGCUCGCGUCGUCCCCUACCCAGCCGUUUCUACGAUUCUCCCUCCGCAUCUCCUCCCGAAAGUGGCAUGGCGGAAUCACACUCACUUCCGGAAUCCUCGCCGCCCCUCGCGGAGCUGUGGGACUACGAUGACGUGGCAAUUGAGGUCCUUCGCUGCCUCCCGCCCCGCUGCCUUUGCCGAGCUGCUGCAGUGUCGCGCCGGUGGCGCCGACUAGCAGGUAAAUGGCGAUAAAGAGGUAUGCAACAACGGCCACUUUACGCUAGAUUGAACGCCUCUGUGUGAUGUUUUGCCGCGCUUUCGUCCUCGUUUUUUUGCGCGCCUUCGCUGGCGAUCACUCUCCGCUCCGCGCGUCUUCCCUUCUUCUUCCUCCGCCUCCUCCGCCCCCGGCUGCUCCUCUUCCCUAAAAGCGUGAGAAGUGCCUAGUUUUGAGGCGCCUCAAAAGUAGAAACUCCUCCUCCCCCAGCUACGCCCCUCCCCAAUUCCCUCAACGCCCGCGUUUUCCGCGUGUUAUUUCCCCGUACUACUUUCGUCCUUGUCGUUUAGCGCACGUUUUUCUCCUCUCGUCUUUCCGCGCACGUCGUUGCGCACAUGCCUUUUCAUGCCCCAGCUUCCGACACGCUCUGGUCAGAAAAGGUGGCGCAGGUCCUACCGCUCCCCGCUACGGCCGCGCACUCCGCAUCCGCGCUAACGCCGCACUCCGCAAAGGCGGCAUCCGCAGCGCAACGGAGCCUACGCGGUAGGCCGCAGCUGUCAGCACCUGACUUAGUAGGCUCUCAGCUAGAGGAAUCUCAGCACCUGCAAGGAGUCUCUGCGCGCCGAGCCGUCGGCGCCAAUGAGAGUGAGGAUAAUGAUCGCGCGGAGAAUGAGAGUGCGGAGCAGGGGGAAUCGGCCGGUGCUGGCAUUUGGCAUCUGCUGCCGAAUAGCUCCUCCACAUCACUGCAGCUCUCCCCCGCGCUGCGCCACCUGGUGUCGGGCUCUCCGCGGAUCGGCUACAAACGCGCACAGGACUGCAGGCAUCAGCGCGCCGAUAAGAGAAAGCAGUGUCCUCAUGUCGCCACUACCAAAGGAAAGGCGGCGGCCGUACCGGCGCGCAUUAGUCAUCAAGCGGGGCAAGAGCAGCAUAGAGAGGGGUACCGCGGCUUACCUCCCUCCUUCGGGCGCGAGCAGCAUUGGCGCAGCCACCUCCCCCUGGUUGUCCCCGAAGGUUCCUGGAAGGAGGUGUACCGCGGGUUGGUGCAGCUGGACCGCGGGUGGAAGGUUCCUCCGCAGCUUCCUCUGCAGGCUGUGGGGAGCUCGAGCGAGGAGGAGGGGUGGGGCGCGGAGUGGACGCUCAGGGACGACUUCUUCUGGUUCAGCCAGCCCUUCUCCCGGCUGCAGGAGGCGCGGGAGGCGCUCACAUUCCGCGUGGACCUGCCCCUGUGCCUCGUCACAGGGGUGGAGAUCGUUUCCGGGCAGGACAUCUGGAACGCCGUCUGCCCGAAAAACCUCCAGGUUGAAGUGGGUUUCUCCCCCUCCGCCUUCCCCUUCUCCUCCUCCCCCUUCCCCCUGACCCCCGCCCCUAUCUCCCAACUGCUCCGUCUCCCCCCCUCCGCCCUGGCCCUGGGCAACCAUGUGCGCCUGCUGCUCUCUGGCUCCCCCUGGGCGGAAGGCCGAGGGGGGGCCUGGGCGGAAGGGAAUGCGGGGGGGUGCGUGGGAGGGCCUGCGGAGGGGAGGGGGAGGGUUGAGGAAGUGGAGGGUAACGGGUUGAGACCCUGCGGUGGCAGCUGGUUGGCCGGGGCUCGCAGGGGAUCGGAGGAGUGGGAGAGGGACUGCAGGGAGGGAGGGGAGGAGGGGGGAAAGGGGGAUGGCUGGCUAAAGGAUGGGGAUGAGGAUGGGGAUGGUGGGGAUGAUGGGUGCAUGUGGGGGGGUAUGGAGUGUGAGUGGCGUGCACUCAUGAGUGAGGCUCGAGGGAGGCUGGCUCGACGCAUUCAGAGGACUCUCUCCUGCAGCAGCAGCGACAGCAGCAGGAGUGCCAGCCUUACAGAGAGUCCGUGUAGGGUUUGCAGUGGAAGCAGCAGCAGCAGGUGCUGCUGCAACCACCCUCGCUCUGACCCUGCGCUUGGGCCCAUUCACUACAGAAGCAGCAGCGACAGCAUCAGCAGCCUAGACUCAGCCACCGCCCACUCACCCAUUCCCUCCCCUUCACCCUCCCCUCUCCACUCCCCCUCAUCCCCCUCCCACUCUCCCCCCUCUCCCUCCCUCCCGGCAUACCUCCUCCUCCAAACCGCCUCCCCCAACCCCCACCGCCCUGCAUACAUCCUCCCCGAGAAUGCACCUCCCCCUUCCCCCCGCUUCUGCAUAGAGCGCGUGCGGAUCUUUGGAAUCCCCCUAGGCGCCCUGCCCCCGCACCAUGCCCUGCAGGCUGCUCUGGUGCGGUAUGCGGUGGGGCGAGAUACAGGGGAGUUGGAUGGUGUGAUGAGGAGUGCGGGGGGAAGGGGGAUGGGGGAGAUGGGAGUGGAGGGGGUGGUGAGAGCACUGGGGGAGAGCCUGGUGGGUGGCUUCGCCCCGCAUGGAUGACGCGCACUCCACGGCGACGAGCCUGGUGGUGUACGGCGGCUGAGAAGAGUGCUCCGCCUUCAGUGGUGAUGUGGGGAGGGGGCUGGGGGGGCGGUGAUGGGCGUGUGAGGGCUGGGUGGGUUCACUGGGAGACCACCUAGUGGAUGGGUGUGCCGCCCACCACUGAUUUGAUUUGGCAGACUAUGAGUUGCAAUGAGUUGCUUGCAUGGGCCUCACAGGUCCUGGUUUUGCAGGUUCUGGCGCAUUGGUUGGUUUGCCUGGGCCCAGAGCCCAUGUGAGCCAAGCCCUACUUCCUCCCAAGUUCUGACAAGCCCCGCUUUGAGGCGCCUUGACACACUUGCCUUGCCAAGCUUCUUCCGUUUGUGUGACGACAGCUCAGCAUUAGGCUUCCCUGCAUUCAAGAUCCCUUCCCAUGCAUUGAACGUAGCGAGCCUUGGGUAGAUACUGAGUGGGGGUGCGGGCGAUAGGGUGUGGGCGAUAGGGCGCGGGCGAUAAACCUACUCAAGUGGAGCCGGGGCCUUGCUGCCGUAGCCUAGACUCUGGAGUUGCCACUGCAGCCCAGAGGGCUGUGUGGCUGGUAUCGUUGCUGCAUAUGAAGUGUCAGGUUCAGCAGCCCACCAUGCAUUGCUCUGUGACUUGAGGCCUGAAGCUUGCUAGUUCCUUCAGCCGUGCUUCCCCAC